AAUGAACCAAGAAAUUAAACCUGUUAUAGAUGAAGGAAUUAAUCUAAGAUGCAGAUUUUAUGAGAAUCAAUAUCCAAAAGAAAAUGACUUAGUAGUUGUAGAGGUAGUUGAAGUUUAAGAAAAUGCUUCCUAUGUCGAAUUACUAGAAUAUGAUAGAAUAAGAGGCAUGAUCCCACCUAAUGAAACAACAAGAGCACUGAAAGGAGGAAUUCAGAAGGCUUUAAAAAUAGGAAAAAUACAAGUUGUUAGAGUGUUGAGAGUUGAUGAAGAUUAAGGAUACAUAGAUCUGUCUAAAAAAAAGGUGGCAAAGGAUGAAGAGCAAAUGUCAUUGCAAAAAUUUGCAGAUGGAAAAAUGAUUCAUUCUAUUAUGAGAGCUAUUGCUGAGAAGUGCAAUAUCAAUAUUCAGGAUUUAUAUAAAACUAUUGUAUGGCCAUUAUAAGAGAAUAAAUAAAAUGUAUCUGUUCUUUAAAUUUUUAAAAAUGCUCUAACUGAUCAAAAGCAUUUAUCAAAAUUGAAUCUAUCAGAAUAAAUUUAAGUAAAAUUAAUGGAAGAGAUUGAGAGAAGACUUAAACCAGAACCAGUUACCAUUAAAACUGAAUUUGACUUAAUCAGUCAUGAUUAUGCAGGAAGUUUAAUUAUUAAAGAAGCACUCAUUGCUGGUACUAAGAAGUCCACGGAAGAAUGCAAACUAUCAGUAUUUUUUCAUUUAAAUUUAGUUUGAAAUUAAAGCAUCUCCAUCUUAUACCGGUAGGACAACCACUAUCUCAAGGGAUGGGGUUAAAAUUAUGAAGGAUGCUUUGCUUGAAAUUGAAAAUAUUAUGAAAAAAUAUUAAGGACAGAUGAAAGUGAAAAUUGAAGUAUAUAUAAAAAUAUAAUUUAAAUAGCCUAAAGUUGUUGGAAACUAAUAAGCUGACUAUAUAGAUGAAGUUGAAAAUGAAGAUGGAGAAGAUGAAUAUGGAACUACCUAAGAUGGUGGAGAAGGAGAUGAUGAUGAUGAUUUGGGAAUGUAAUGAA